AUGAAAUACACUACCAUAUUAAUUCUCUCUCUUCUUCAAUUGAGCGCAUCGUUCUUGAUGCCAUCUGCGCCUGCUGGUGUCUCUCGUCAAUUGCAAUCCGCACCAUCAGAUGUGGAAGAUGCAGUGGACUAUUCGGUUCCGGAAGAUGCUGUUGUUGUCAUUAAACCCAAAGCCAUGAAGCGACUACGGGAAUUGCGGGAAAAGGAAAAGACCGACAAUCUAGUCCUUAGAAUGGGAGUUCGAAACGGUGGUUGCUCCGGUUUGAGUUAUGUCAUGGAUUUCUCUACCGAAGAUGCGAUUGAAGAAGACGAUGCUGUGGAUGAAUAUGAAGCGGAGAAAAUCAAGUGCGUCGUCGAUGCCAAGUCGAUGCUUUAUUUGUAUGGAUUGGAACUAGAUUAUUCCGAUGAACUGAUUGGAGGAGGUUUCAAAUUUUUCAACCCCAAUGCUGAGGAGUCAUGUGGCUGCGGAUCUAGCUUUGGAGUAUAG